AUCCUCAAGCUCAUAACCAAAUUCCUCUCUCUCUCUCUCAAGUUUUGUACCGACACUAUAUUCUCUCUCUUCGGUCUCGACCAAAAUGAAGCAAAAGAUAGUGAUUAAAGUAUCGAUGAAGGAGGGGGCUAAGUAUCGUAGCAAAGCCUUGAAGAUUGUAGCAUCUGUCUCGGGGAAUAUUGAGACGAUCGGCUUGGUGGGCGAUAACAAGGAUAAAUUAGAGGUAGUUGGAGAUCUUGACCCGAUCAAACUCAUCGAGGUGCUCCGAAAGAAAUUUAGUUACGCGCAGUUGGAGUCUGUGAGCAUAGUUGAAGUCAAGGACGAAGACAAGGACAAAGACGAAGACAAAAAUGAACCUGAAAUAACUUGGACGUGCUCAUGUGGGGUGCCUCAUCAAACUCCGUAUAGCCAUUGUUACCUUAGCCCCGACCCGACCUAUUGCAUAUGGUAAUUCAUGAAAGUAGUAUAAAUCUCUCCGAUAUAAUCUACGUCUUUUUGUUUUAAUUUGAAGCGUGAAAAAUUAUCUAUAUAAUUAUUUUUCGACAUAGAUUAUUUCAAAUGGUACGUAGAUAUGUGUCGAAAAUUCAAAAAAGUUGUAAUCGUCAAUAUAUAGACCAAAA